ACUGGAUUGAAUCUGAACAGCAGGAAUGAAAAGAGGAACACGGGAAAAUAACCCCGUGUAUUGUUCCCCUUUCUGAUAAUCUAAAUAGGUGAAAAAGAUCCGCAUAAAUGCUAUAGAAUUACCUAUAAAAGCGGAACAGAUUAAUUGUUCAUUGCGGGCAGUCACAUUGCUGAAAUCUGAUUGGAUAAUACCUGUCUGCUUAUUAAUGGGAGCAAGGCCAAAUUGUUCCAAUAAAAAUUGUUUAUUUAACGCAAAUAUUGGCAAAUAUCCGAAACGGAAAUUAAACCAGCGGAACAAAACAAAUUUGUCGUAAUUUGAUUUUUUGAUAAUUUGUUUCAUUUUUUGUAUUGAUUAUUUUCUCAGUUUCUGUUAUCUCUGUAACACGAUACAAUGCGUGAUAUCCUUACAUUUUUUUCGCUUUACUUUAUAUUGCUCUCAGUUUUAAUCUGUUGUCAACUGAUUGCAGAGGCGAAUGGCGCUGGUGAUUAUGUCAGUUUCGAUCGGUUCACGAAAACCGAAAAGUUGUCGGAGAGUGAGAAAAGAGCGAUUAAAAGUGAGGUGAAGGAUGAGUUGUUUAAUGCUAAGUUCCCUCUAAAAUACAAAGACAUUUACAUCGGUCACCUUUCUGGAGACCUCAAAGCUCCUGUGCCAGGCAGCUUCUCAAAUCUGCUGCUGUUUAAUUUCCCUGAUGAUGUCUUACAAAGCUUACCCAAGGAUUACUUCGUUUCGCUGUUCGUUAACCCAGGAGUUUAUCCCCAACAAAGAGUCCGACUUCUGGAUGCUGCCUCUCGAAAAAGUCCCAAUGUCUACGGAAGCAACUUCUUGGGAGAGUUGAUUAAAGAAGCCAAAGUCAAAACUAAUAUUGACGCCGAUAGUCGAAUCUGGAGUUCGAGAGUCACACUGGAAGAGGUUCUGUUUCUCAUGUUUGAUCCUCGAGAGAGAUUUCUGGGCAGUUUUCCUAGCCUGUCUAGGACUGAGCAUCAGCAGAUGGUCGAAGGAAUAUCAUAUCGCUGGAUGGGCAGUCUCAAUUUCAAUAAAGAAGCUAUGCAGGCCUGGGGAAGCGUGGCAAGGUCAGAAUUUUGGACGAGGAAUCAGUUCAUGUGUGAUUUAAUGCUGUCCUCCUGGUUUCCACAAGUAUCUCAGAUUGAAUACAUUAGGGCAGAGAACCUGGCAAAACUUCUACCAUGCAUGACGCCGGAUAUCAUUCGAGAACUCAGGCGCCGGCAAAACAGGCGUAUUGGACAUAGGAAUUCCGUCAACAAUUUUAAACCGAUGAUGGAAGGGUACGCUGCUUCACCCGAAACAGCACCUAGAAACAGAAUGACGAAACAGGAACUAAUCAAUACUUUCAUCGAGCUGUCAGUCUUUGCGAAAGAUGAGGAUUUUUUCAGACAAGUAUCAGGGCUGUUGCCAUAUAUGGGUAUCACCGUUUUCCACAACAAUCUCUACCACACAAAGAGAGAAAAGGGAAUUGCUCGGCUAGUGGCGAACUUCACGAAGAAUUUUGCGCUGAUCGAGAAUCUCGAAUAUGAUUUGAGAAGAACGAACUCUAUGCCAAGCAGAAGAGUGGAUCACACGUAUGUGUCUGCGUUGCCGAAUAUUUGGUCCAGUGAAGAGAUUUGCGAGAGUCUGAGAGCGAUCAAACAGGGCUCAGAAGCAGAACUGACUUCAGUGAUUCAACACAUCUCAGACUUCAACGACAAUUUGAUGUUGGCUAAAAAGAUGGAAAUUCUCUUCUGUUAUUUGAAGUUAACGAAGAAAAACAUUGUGCAUAUAAGUGCAGCUGUACAAAUCAGAUCUCUAAUCAAAGGAGCUAAAUUGCCUGAGCUGCCGACUCUGAGGAUCUCGGAACACCCAGAGCAUGUCGAGUUUUUGCAGAACAACGAAGCAAACCUCACUCCCCUUCAGAGAUACCAUUUUCUGGAGCAAGAACAGUCCAACAAACUAACAGCCGGAGCACUUCUUUCUUUGGGGGAACAUUACUUGUCGGAUUUCGGAAUUUUUCGAUUAGAUAAUCCGAACUUGCUGACUGAUAUUGGCUUCCGUUAUAGUCAAAAAGAGGGAUUAGUUAACCUCAACCCAGUAGACCACAAGACUAUCACAGGUAACAGUGCUUUCAAACUGCUUAUUCUGGAUAGGAUCGGAGAUGAUUUGCGAUUGGGACCCGAAAUCGCAAGGAGGCACAAUUUUGCUAGCUCAUUUGCUCCCAGUCAUUUGGAAAAAAUUCGAGAUUCAGAAUUUUUUGACGUUGUUGAGCUCCUGGAUAAAAGUUCACUAUCGGAAGAAGUUUUAAUAGAAUUGGCCGACAAGACAAAAAUUUGGAAACAAAAAUACAUAUCUACAAACACAGCUCAAAAUUUUUCACUUAUCGACUUGGAGUUUUCCGAAAUUGAGGCUCUUGGAGGAUACGUUUUGAAGCAUUUCAAAGUGAGAGAGUUUGAGAGACUUCGUUUCGACCAUGUGAAAUGUAACACAAUUUUUGGUUUUAUUGGAGAAAGCGUCAAACCGACCACAAUUCUCGAUUUCGCCUUGAAGGCAAAGUUGGAAGUCUUGGUAUCAUUUUAUGUGAAUGAAUGUAUCGGUGAGCCGAAGUUACUGAAAGACGAAAUGCAAAUGCCUACGAUUUGGCAAAAAGAUCUGGUAGUUCUUGGGUCUCUUGCGUGUUUUCUCAAUCGAAAUAUUUAUUCAGUAGAUGAGAAUGCUUUGACGAAGAACUUGUAUCGUUUCGCCGAUUGUUUGUUAACACAUGAACAAGGCAUCCACAUGCAUAACAAACUUUCAACUAUUUUUGAAAAUGGAAAUCAUGAGUUAGAUGUUGUGGAGCUGCUGAAAGUGUUGGGUCCAAAUAUAUGUCUGGUUUUCACGCCCAGUGAACUAGAACAAGUCUUUUUCGAGAACAGAAUUGAAAACAUCUCCGCUGCAAUUCCAUCGAAAUGGAUCCACUUCUUCGAAGCAAUAGCUACUGUUGCUGCUAUUCAGAACCCGCUCAUUUUGCCUACACGUAACCAAGACGUAGAGUUAUGUGGCAAAGUUUUGAUGGAAAACAGCUUGAAAGUCCUCACUCUUGGUCUGAGACUGUCCUUUGAAGACUUCGAGGAAUUCAGAAUCAUCGAAGAGGUCACGUGUUCUCGACUGCGCCAUCUGGGACAUGGGAUUGCGUACAUUUCACCCGAAGUAUUUGAUAAACUAUCGGCUGUAGAAGUGCAAAGAUGCCUGGAAUAUUUCACGCAUAAUCCUCACACGACAGAACAGCAAUUGAGAGUAUUAGAAAGUCGUCUGCAGGUAGACGAAAAGCUGAACAGCGAGUUCGAUUUCUCAGAUUCACAAACCAAUUUCUUUAAAAUUCAGAAGCUAGGAAGUUUAUAUCGCUCUUUCAUUGAACCAAUUAAGAUCGGAUGUAAUCUCAGUCUCGACGUCAUCUCAGUCUUGGGAAAAUUAGACAAUUUAGAAAUGGAUCAGAUGAGCACACUCUUCGAAUGCGCGAAGCUUGAAAUCACGGACAAGAACGGUUUUCUGAGCAUAAAUGGCAUUAAAAUGGCUGGAAACUUACUAUGCGGUGCAAGCAUGAACGGUCUUAAAAUUAUGAUGAGCAGAGACGUCGCUCUUUCGACACUUUCUGACUUGAGCUGGAAUCUAAAGAAAUGCUCUCGAGAAAAGCUGAAUAUCGUUUUUGACAAAAUAGAAGACAGCAUUACUAAAUGGAAACCAUCAAUGAUUUACACGGCUGGGAUUAUUUUGGCUGGAAUUCCAGUUGGAGAAAUAGGACACUUGACCAGGUCUCAAAUUGAGUUCAUCCAUCCCGAAGUUUUCACUAGAAUGUCAUCGGAGCAAUUCACAGCUCUGCUGCGAAUCCCCAAUAUAUUCUCAUUUUUGGGACACCGCCAACUGUUGGAGCUGAACAGAGUUUAUUUAGGAGAAAGAAAUAACGAUAAAUCUUUGCUCAUCGAAAUGAGUUUGUUCGGACACGAUUCGAUUCUUAUUGAUAGAAUUAAUUCAAACACAAUGCGUCCUAAAUUAAAAGGCUAUUUGUCCAGCUCAGCGGAGAAACGGAAAGAAAAAAGUGAUCUAAAUGGUGGCGCUCAAACAGAAUCAUCCGACGAGGCACUGGUAUCGGAAAAAGUUGAAAAAAGUCAGUUUGUCUAUGUUAUCAUAAACUCAUCCGUAAAGACUCAGUGGGCUGAACUUUUGAUAAUUGUUGUUAAUAUUUGCAGAUUGUGCUUUUACUAAUAGUAGAUUUAAAUUCCAAAUUUUUAUUUA